AUGGAUGACUCUUUGGUUAUCCCACAUUCUGAGGCUACUUUUGAAUCGACACCUAACUCCUUGACCACUACUAACUUCUCAAAGCUUCAUGCAAUGGGUAAGAUUAUAUCUCCAAAAGUUCCAUACCUAAAGGUGGUGCGCAACAUACUCUCCAUAGCUUGGAAUAUAAUAGAUUUUGUUGGUAUUGCCCAAUGUGGUCUGCCUCUAACUAACAUCUUCAACUUUACCUUUGAGCAUGAGGUCGACAAAAAGUGGGUUCUUGACAGACGCCCUUGGUGUAUUAAUGGUGAGUAUCUCAUUAUUAAAGAAUGGAAAGCUGACUGCUCUUCCUCAGAAGACUACUUUCAUACAACUUAUUUUUGGGCACAAAUCCAUAGCUUACCAAGUGAGUAUAUCAUUCCCAUUAAUGAUAAAUCAUUGUGCGAAAUGAUGGGGAAUAUAGUUAGCAUUGAUUACAAUGGGAAUGGUCUACCUAAUUGGGCCAAGAGACUGGGCAUUAAUGUUGAAUUGAUUAUUAGUGAGCCUUUUUUUCCUGGCUUCUUUCUGAAGAUCAAACAAGGAAAAUCAAUAUGGAUUCAAAUCAAGUAUGAGAGAUUUGAUGCCUUCUGCUUUCACCGCGGGAAGUUGGAUCACAAGAAGUCCAAUUGCACCUUGACACACCCUCUGCAUAUCGCCCCCUGA